AUGGAUUCAUCCCAUUCUGGCUGCUCAAAGGCUGCUCUGUUAUCCGAUCCUUUUGCUUCACCUCUCACUGCUUCUGCUGUCGGAUCAUCCGCUUACUCAAUGCCAGAUGCUCCUGCUUUACCAGUAGACUCGUAUGCUUUACCAGUAGACUCAUAUGCUCCUCCUCCUUCUUAUGACACUGCCUUGCAAGAAACACUGUCUGGCUCUGCUGGUCCUUCCACUUUGUAUCCAACUGCUCCUAGUAUUCCUCCCAGUUUACCUCCUGAUUACUUUGAUGUGUCCAUCAUUCCUACUGGUAGUGUUCUUUACCCUCAAAACUGUCCUGCUCUGGGUGCAUACUCCGAUGCCGAGAUUAUUCAAUCUAGUUCUUCCAUGAAUAUUGAAUCCCAUGAUUCAAAGCUAGACAAAAAUGCAAGCCAUCUUUUAUUUCCGGAUGAAUUAUGGAGAUUCUUCAUGUCUAAUCUUCAGAAUCCACGUCUAAUGGUAGACAUUCAUGGCUAUCAUACAGAAACUAAAUACAUUGAGGAAGUAAGAGAUGGCGAAAGUCGUACCACUUCUCGUCAAGAAGAUGUUUCUGAUUUCAGAAUCAAGAUUGAUGUCACUCGUCUCAUGUCCACUUAUUGGUCGCGAAUUGUAUGUGUGCCCGACAAAAAUGCCAGUCCUCGCAAUCUAAGAGAAACUCUUGAAGACUACACACGUUCUGAUCACAUUUGGAAAGAAAUCCAUCUGACAAAACAACCUCUUUGGGAUUUUAACGAACUCUCUUGUGCACUGGAAUUUGCUGUUCGCCAAACUGGCUAUAUGCACAAAAUUAAAAUUUCAUUUCCGCAAAAAGCUGCCAAGGUCUCGGUAUACUCGAGUCAUACACUAAGCAGACUUUCUCGCUCGACGUUUGUAUGGGUUAUUUGCAUCUUAUCUUGUCUAUGGAUCAUUGUGCUACCAAUAUAUCUACUGAUGCGCAAAAAGGUGUCAACAAAGCAAGUGUUUUAA